CAGCUCCGGAGCUCGUAAACUAAAAACAGUGAGUUCGACAAGCUUCCCAAAUGCGCUAGCUCCAUUAUUUUAUGACCCAGGCCAGCUAGCUCGCAGCAUUCGCCUCGCGACUUGUACAAAAUAAUUGCCAGCUUCUCAAAGAAACGCACAUGGACAAAUUCCAGAUAACGUUCUGUUUAUAAGUUGGCUGCUCCAGUUCGGCUUUGCAAGAAGGUCGCUUAUCUAGGUCUCCAGAAGCCUUGACAUACUCUGGCAGCACGGAAGAGAGGAGUAGUCUAGGUUUAGGACAGUACGCCACAAGCUCCGUCUUGUCGUGAAGACUUUUCUUCACUUUUCUCUGACCCAUUUCUCUGACCCAUAUUUUAAUUUGUAAACAUGAUUGGUCAGAGUAAAUCCGUACUUGUUACAUCGGCGGAAAGCACCCAGGCAUUUUAUUGCCAGGUGAGCCCCAACCCGAAGCUGGACACGUUGAUGUCCUUGCUGCGGGAAGCCGUGCUCAGCCUUGUUCCGGGCACUUUCAAGGCCGGUGACAUUUGCUGUGCUCAGUUCACUGAAGACCAGGAGUGGUAUCGGGCCCGGGUUGUGGCUGUGACAGGCGAUGCAGCGGAUGUUCUGUACUUGGACUAUGGAAACUCAGAGACGGUGCCGCUUUCCGGCUUGCGUGCUCUGCCGGCCAAGCUAAUGAAGCUUGCGCCUCAAGCAAAACUCUGCAGUCUGGCACGUGGUGAAGACGACGAUGAGUGGCCUGAGACGGCGGAAGUCCAACAGGCGUUCCUUGACCAUGUUUUGUCCGGUGAAGGUGAAGUGACAAUGCUAGAAUUGGACCAAGCCGGUUUGGACGGUGUCACACCAGUACAAGUUUGGGUCAAUGGCAGUGACAUUGCUGCAGAACUCGGCAAUGUAUUGUCCAAUGCGGCACCGCCGCAGGUGAACGGCCACAGCCAUCCACCAGCAGCAGCAGUGACGACAGCGUCCAUUCCGGCGAUAAAACUGACCACUGGUAGCAUUCUCCAAGUGUCGAUAGCGCAUGUUGAAUCCAUGACUCGCUUCAGCUGCCAACUCAUGGGCACACGUAGCCGCUUUGAGGAGCUGGAAGUGAACCUUUACAGGCUCUACAACAAGCCGGUUGAUAUCUGUGUACUGAAUGCCAGCCAGAUUACAGCCGGCACUCUAUGCUGUGUGCACAGCGACAUGUACUCCUGGUGCAGAGCGCGCGUUGAGAAAGUCCGCGGUGAGUCUGUUGACGUGGUGCUGGUCGACUAUGGCAGCCCUGAGACGGUUCAGAAGAGCGGAUGCUGGGAGCUGUGCGCGGCCGUGUGCGACAUUGAAGCACAGUGCUUCGUCGCUAGUUUGUCAUGUGGUGAUAAUGGCUGCAGCGACGACCUUAAGACGCCUGUCUUCAAGAGCCUGGUCACCGAUGGCAAGAAGUUGCAGGCCACAAUAUUGUCCUUGCCUGCUUCCACCGACCACAACCAAUCCAUUGUGGUGAACCUGCAGGAUGAGAAGAAGGCCUAUAUUUCUGAUUUGCUCAAGCGUACAUGCUCUGCUAACGACAGUCGCCAGGUCGUCUCCAUUGGUGUGGAACAGAUUCCUCUCGCCACAGUUGUCGAUAAGCAAACAUAUGAGGUGGUAGUUGUGCUCGACGACCCAUCAGAGCCUAAUCUCUUCCAGUGCCAACUAGUUGAGAACGCUGUGCCAUUUGAGGAAGUUCAGAGGAAGCUGACGGAAGUGCCCGCACCUGCCCUGAGCCGCAUCGAGCCAGGCCAGCUCUGUAUAGGGUGCAGUUCACAAGAUAAAGUGCCGUAUCGCGCUAUGAUUGAAUCGGAGUCUGAUGGCACGUGUCAGAUCGUGUUCCUCGACUUUGGAGACAGGGAAAGCAUACCCGCGGAGUUUUUGCGUGAACUUCCUCCUGAUCUCUGUAAGUACCCGCGCCAGGCAAUCCCAGCGAUGAUUCACUCGUCAAGCGCAGUUCAGCCGGCCGAUCUAAGAGGCUGUGAUGACCAUGUUGUGUUUAGUGCUGUGUUUGCUAAAAGAGCUGAUGGCCGCUACGAUGUUCGCUUAUCGAGCUCGCCUCACCAACCCGCCAUUGACUCUAGCAAGGCUACUGCAUCAGCUGCUCCUGAAUCUGGCACGCAUCCUGCCAGCACUGUCGCUGUCACCAACACCGCUGCGGCUCCUGCUACUGCUGCUGCUGCUACUGCGCCAGCCCCGGUGCAGUGGAUGACUGCUGGCUGCAAGCUUGGCAAGGCUGCUGCUUUCACUGCCGGGGCAGUGUGUGCUGUUGCGCAUGCCGACUCUCCAGAUGCCAUGUGGCUGCAGCUGAUGACCGGUCAGGAGCAGCUGGAAACGCUCCAGGCCUCUCUGUAUGACUAUUAUAAUAAUGCGGAUAACGCCAAGGCGACAGCUAUCACUGCCAAGGACAUGGUCAAUGGUUUGAUCUGCUGUGCCCAGUUUGCUGAGGAUGGGGCCUGGUAUCGGGCUGUUGUUCUUGAAUCGUCCAACGCGGCGGGGGCGGCUGGUGAAGUCCGGGUUCGUUACAUCGACUACGGUAAUGUAGCAACAGUGUCUACUUCGGUUGUGCACUACUUGAUGUUGAGCUUCCGUGAGCAAUCCAUCUUUGCCACCGUUUGCAGCUACUCCCAACUCUCGCCUGCCCCACAGAACCGAUGGACGGACGAGUCGCGGGUGAUGUUCAGCAAUGCCAUUAUCGGCCAGGGUGAAGUCGUGCUGAAGACUGUCGAGGAGCGGCCAGGCUUGGGCACACAGGUCAGCUUUACUGACGACUACUGUGUUCAGCAACUGGUUUCUGCCAAUUUGGCACGCUUUCCCACGGCGCCUGCUGUCAAGCACCUGAAUGGCACCUCACCCGUAGCAGCUGCUAAGCCUGUACCGUCCUCUGCAUCACGGACCAAUUCUCCUGCUGCCAGGGCUAACGCGACCGCAUCCAGUCCGACCGCUAGGAAGGGGGUUGCGUACUUGACCUGGCCGAAGGGUUCCGUUCAACUCGUUACCAUGUGUGCUGUUGAGUCGCCGACCAGCUUCUGGGUGCAGAAUGAUGCAUCGCUCCAGGGGUUGCACAAUCUAGUGGAUAUUCUCAUUCAGGACGUCAAAGCUGGCAACGGCCCGGCGAAGCAGAUACAAGUCGGCGCACACUAUGUGCUCAGGCAGUCGGCAAAGAAGUAUGCACGCUGCUCAUGCGAGGAGGUAAAUGCUGGCUCCGUGAAAGUGCAUCUCUACGAUUACGGCCACUGCGAGUCUGUCCCGGAGAGCAGCCUGUACCCUUGGUCAUCGUUCUACGGUACUCUGCUGCCUCGUAUUGCAGUCCACUGCUCCCUAUCAGCAGCCAUUCGUCCGGACGGCGGCUUCCCAGCAGAGACCACCGAUCGUCUGAAGGCGCUGAUGAAGAGAGAUCACGUCCAGGUGAAGGUUGUUGGUGGUAGCACCCAGGACUUGCUCGAGGUGAGGGUUUUCCAGCAUGGCAUUGACCUAAGCACAGAGCUGUUGACCGGCAAGGCUGCCGAUGUACCCAUUCCUACUACGCCGGUGCCUGCAGCAAGGCCUGUGUUUCCCGUCGUCGGUGGCCGCCCCGCUGCUGCACGUGAAAACCGCACUCCAUCCGUAUCGGCUAAGCGCCCUCCAUCCACGUCGGCUCAACGCCAGCAAGCCAGUCCACCAAGUUUGUCAAGUUUGUCCUUGAGCGAGAAAACUACUCCCACCCGACCGCGCAGUAAUUCACCUGUCGUCGCCGCCUCGCCCGCAUUCAACGCGGCACAGUGUCAGCUUAAAUCUCGACAAGCCUCCGACGCCGGUAAAUCUCCUGAACCUGCUGUGGUCAACCGAGGCGCAUCACCUGUAUUGCCUGUAUCGCCACAGCGUCCAGCUGUUCCCGCACUGACAGCAGUAUCGCCUCUUCCCAAGCCCAAACAGAUGGCGACGAGCGGGCAGCCAUCCUUCCCGCGUUUGUCCACGCAGGCUGGUAAUUGUCAUAAAGUUCGAUACGUUUGUCAUGACGAGGACACGGGCACUACCCGCUAUUGGUGUCAGUUGGCCGAGAAUGACCAGCAGCUGGAGAAAAUCGCAGCCAGCAUCACAACACUGCCCGAAGAUUCGUUCAUGUCCAUCGAGUCGGCUGUAGUCGGCACGGUGUGCUGUGCUCCCUCGUCGGACGGCGAGUGGUACCGCGCUUGCGUGGAGAGCAUCUCUGCUGGUCAGUCGGCCACUGUCCGCUUUGUCGAUUACGGCAAUGCGGAAGUAGUCGAGAGUCUCGGCGAAUUGAACGCCGAUUUGCUGUCGUUCCCUGUCCAGGCGGUGGCCUGCAAGCUAGCCACUCCGUCGCCGGCACUUAUCGAUGCUGGUGACGCAGGCAUGUCUGUGCAGUUUGUCGAAGAGUGUGGUGGUAUGUGGACGGUCAACCUUGAUCAGAACAGCGCCGCUGCUGCUGACACUGCUGCCACUGCUCCAGUAACAGCAGUGUCGACUACAGAUUCCAUCAGCAUUGCUAGUCUCACGUGGUCCGCAGGUGAGAAGAUCAGUAUCCUGGUUCCAACCUUCAACGGCUCAAGUGACUUCUGGUGCCAGCCGGCUUCCUCGGCCGAUGAUCUCAUUGCACUCGGUGAAACGCUGGGAAGUGUAUGCGAGUCGGCGGCGGUGGCGAUGACUUCUCUUCCUGCAGUAGGAUCACUGUGCUGUGCUCGCUUCACGGUCGACGGACUGUGGUACCGUGCCCGUGUACUGGCCCAUGAAGGUGCCCAAUGCAGAGUAUUCUUCGUGGACUAUGGCAAUGAGGACGUUAUAGGGACAGAUGCGUUGCGUGCACUCACCAAAGACCUCUGUAUGUUGCCUGCACAAGCUGUGUGCUGCAUUGAGAAAGACUGUGGUGCCUGGUCUGAUAGCACACACGAGUCGUUUGGAGCACUUGCCCAGCAACUGGAGGAUUUGAUUGCGGAAGUGGUGUCUGUCGCCGAGAACGUUCACACUGUAGUUCUGCUGGACACGUCGGAGAGUCCUGCGGUCCCGCUUAUUAGCCAUCUACAGGGAUAGAGAGGAGAAGAACAUCCCGACUGGAUAGAUUGAGCUUGUACCCAUUCUCAGCUCACUCAGCUGUUAUCCCAGUGAAGCACGGUGAUUGGCGGCGUUCGUUUGCUGCUGCGUGUCCCCAAUGUGUUGGGUUUUGGCCAUGGAUUUCGUCUGCAUAGUUCCUGUCUUUGCUUGCUUGUGCGUAUGCCUGGAGCCCCGCAGAAAAGGCGUACUGUUACUCAACUCUCUACGACCAGAUUGUCGUCGGUGACCUUGUCCCGCCAUCGAAUUAUUGCUGGAUCCUUUGUGUUUGAGCAUCCACCACAUUUUACCUGAGCUGUUUCUCACGGCUUCUCCUGCUUGCAUCUGCCUCUGUGUGGUAGCAGAUGGCUAGACCGCAACUAACAACAGCAUUCCUGUUGGGGUUGGUACGUUUUGUGUGGGUCCAUAUGUGUGCGAUCGUGUGUGUGUGUGUGUGUGUGUGUAAUGUGUGUGCGUGUGUCCACACGUGUAGUGCUUGCACGUUUGUGAUAACUUCUGUCCGCUAUUCAUGACGUGGCAUCCGUUGAACAGUGCGAAAACCCAUUAAUACGUUUGCACUGGUUUUGUUUUGCCAUCCUCCUAUUUUCAGUUUCCUUCUCGUAGUCCCGAAAUGGUGGUAGUUUUUACUGUUUCAAACAUUUUUGUUUGAUUUUAGUUGAUCACCUAACUUGUGUGAGCGCAGUUUGGUUUCCAUGGCGCAAGCUUUUCCCCAUCGUGUUUUCAACCUGUUGUGUUCGUCCUUCCCCUUUUCUGGAUGUUGUCUGUGUGCAACCUAUACAGCUGUGUGGCUGUGUCCUCCUGGUGGUGGUGUGUGUGCAUUUGUGUGCAUUGUAUUCUUUUUGGCUGGCCUCUGCGUCGCACCGCCGCUGUUCUUUCACUGUUCUGCUGCAUGGCGGAUUCUGAUUGCGAGACAGGAAUAUGCGUGUAACAACGGCGUGUCCAUGUGCCUUCA